CCCUCAUCUAUUCCCACCGACAUGCCCCCGAAGUCCCUCCACACACAUACCCCGCGCAGCAACCAAUAUACGUCCAUCCAAAGCCGCCGAAGAUUUCUGUUUCAAUGUCAACUUUUGCUCUUUCUGUUUUCUUUCUCUCUUUCUCCCUCUCUUCCUGCUUCUUCGCUCUUUCUCUCUUCCAGAGGGAGGGGAGGGGAUUGAAUACCGCCAUCACAUCCACCGUCUACAUCACCAGGAUGGAGACUGAAGGGGUUGAAGCGUGAUUGGUUGAGGGCCUAAUUGCAUUGUGUUAAAUUUGAAUUCAUCUCAAGGUAAAAGGGGGGAGUUGGUGGAGGAGGGCGGGAGGAAGGAUGAUGUUUGAGAAAUGGUGGGGCUGUGCCCACGGUAUCGAUUUCAGCUUCUGCUUCUACGAGGGGAGCAGCGACAGCGCAUGUGGCAAGAGAGGGCGAGGAGGGUGAAGAGUGACUUCAUGUUGUUUGAGGUUGAUGGUGUUGGACGAGGUGGAAAUCUUGUUCUUGUGGCUGCUCGACAUGCUUCGUUGGGGAAGAGAAACCUAGUUCGAUGAGAGCGAGACUUGUAUAUUAAAUUAUAAGGCAAUUAUGCGCCUCGC